AGGAGGAGGGCCCCACGCUGCUUUCUCCACCUCCUCCUCGUGCUCCUUGAAAACGGACGGGAGGCCGCAGAGAGCCCCUCUGGUUGCCGGCCUCCUCUCCUCGUCCGCCAGGAGGAAGAGGACGAGAGGCAGCGUGGUGCUGGACAGCUGACCAGCCCCGCGGCCCUCCCGGGAGGAACGGGAGGCGAGGAGCGUCUGGGGCCCGGGGACUCCAUGCGGGGCCAUGGACAGAGCGGCGCUCCUGGGACUGCCCCGCCUGUGCGCGCUGUGGGCAGCCCUGCUCGCGCUGUUCCCCUGCGGAGCCCACGGAAACUGGAUGGGGGCGGCCAUCGCCUCCUUCGGGGUUCCGGAGAAGCUGGGCUGCACCAGCUUGCCUCUGAACAGCCGCCAGAAGGAGCUGUGCAAGCGGAAGCCGUACCUGCUGCCCAGCAUCCGCGAGGGCGCCCGGCUGGGCAUUCAGGAGUGCAGGAGCCAGUUCAGGCACGAGAGGUGGAACUGCAUGGUCGCCACCGCCGCCGCCACCGCCGCGGCUCCGCUCGGCACCGGCCCCCUCUUUGGCUACGAGCUGAACAGCGGCACCAAGGAGACAGCAUUUAUUUAUGCUGUGAUGGCGGCAGGCCUGGUGCAUUCUGUGACCAGGUCAUGCAGCGCAGGCAACAUGACAGAGUGUUCCUGUGACACCUCUUUGCAGAAUGGCGGCUCAGCAAGUGAAGGCUGGCACUGGGGGGGCUGCUCCGAUGAUGUCCAGUAUGGCAUCAGCAGGAAAUUCCUAGAUUUCCCCAUUAGAAAUUCCACGGGAAAAGAAAGCAAAAUAUUGUUAGCAAUGAAGCUACAUAACAAUGAAGCCGGAAGACAGGCUGUCGCCAAGUUGAUGUCAGUAGACUGUCGCUGCCAUGGAGUUUCUGGCUCCUGUGCUGUGAAAACAUGCUGGAAAACUAUGUCUUCUUUUGAAAAGAUCGGCAAUUUGUUGAAGGAUAAAUACGAAAACAGUAUCCAGAUAUCAGACAAAGUAAAGAGGAAAAUGCGCAGAAGAGAAAAAGAUCAGAGGAAAAUACCAAUCCGCAAGGAUGAUCUGCUCUACGUGAAUAAAUCUCCCAAUUACUGUGUAGAGGAUAAGAAACUGGGGAUCCCAGGGACCCAAGGCAGAGAAUGCAACCGGACAUCAGAAGGUGCUGAUGGCUGCAACCUCCUCUGCUGUGGCCGGGGCUACAACACCCAUGUGGUCAGGCACGUGGAGAGGUGUGAGUGCAAAUUCAUCUGGUGCUGCUACGUGCGCUGCAAGAGGUGUGAAAGCAUGACUGAUGUGCACACUUGCAAGUGACCACUGCAUCCAGUCUUCAGCAAGACUCCUCAGCGACGCCGCAGGAUUGCAACGCUGCAGGGUGCCUCUCACUGAGCAGAGCUGCUGAAGCAGACUCCCGCCUUGGAUCUGCCACAUUCUUGGGCAUCUGUGAGUUUUCUUCACCUGAUUGACAUCCGAUCAAAUAUCAAUGACAUGGAUUCCUUGGGAUUAUCAAGUUGAGGCUUGUAUUCAUCACUUGAUGAUUUGGGGACUCUAUAUUGACUCGCAAGGAAGGUACUCUGUUUCCUAAACAAGAACAGGAAAGAGCCCUCCUCACGGGAAACCUGGUUUAUGCUCAGACUACAAUGCUCUCCUAUGGAACUCAGUUUUGGAACUCAGUGAUGGUGGGUAAAUUUUAGUCAUUUUAAAAAGAUGCCUUUUAUAGCAGCAAGGAGCAGCGAAGGUGCAUCUCAUUGUUUUCUAAGUCUUGUCAUUGAGAAAUCAAAAAGCAUUUGGGCAUAGACAGACGCUAAGCAGUGAACAUAAACAGGGAAUGCUCAUGUCCCCCUCCCUGUGCUUCCAGAGGACAACUGAAAGUCUUUCUAAGUGAUACGAAAUCCCUAAAAAGGUUGUCAAAGAUGUUUAGUGAAACAGAAUGACUCAAAAUGGAAAGAGUAAAUCAUUUACAUUUUAAGUGCCUUUUCAUAAAGAGAAUUUCUCUAGAAAAACAGGUUUAUAACCAACCUUUGAUCUUCAGAUUCCCAUUUUUAAUCAUAGACCAAUUUCCACUGCUAAAAAAGCAACUCUGAGAUGAUGAAGGAAGGAGGGAUGCUGAAAACAUCUGGGAAAAGAGAGCUAAAAAUAUAUAGGGCUUUUAUACAUUGUAAAAAAAAAUAAACUAACACAAAU